CGAACGCUGUCUGUGGAGUCGUUGAAGUUGAAAGAUAAUAAGAAAGAAGAAUGCCCAUAUUCUCUGCAAGCUUGGGCUCCUUCACUUCCAUCUCCUUCCUCUCAACUUCACAAUCACAAUCACACCUUUCUCCUUUCAAGUUAACUGUGAAGACACCUUGGCAAUGGCAGCAUCAUCACUAUCUCACUUCUAAAGUGUUGGUCUCUGCCUCUGGCAACACCCAAAUUCCUAAUACUGAACUUCUUCAACGCCCUACUCCUCCAGACCCUCUCGAUGACGCUCGUCAGGCUCGGAGAUCGUCAGAUUGGAAGGCUGCAAAGACAUAUCAAGAUAGUAAACUCAUCUAUAAUGGUAGAGUGGAAGGUUUUAAUUCUGGAGGCCUGCUGGUUCGGUUUUAUUCUAUUAUGGGCUUUCUCCCAUUCCCCCAAUUGAGUCCAGUGCAUGCUUCUAAAGAACCAGAGAAAUCUAUACAAGAAAUUGCACAAGGCUUAAUUGGUUCAAUCAUGUCGGUGAAGGUAAUUCUAGCAGAUGAGGAUAACAAGAAAUUGAUCUUAUCUGAAAAGGAAGCUGCCUGGUCCAAAUUUUCAAAACAGGUUAAUGUAGGGGACAUUUUUGAAGUAAGAGUUGGUUAUGUUGAGGACUAUGGUGCUUUUGUUCAUUUGCGCUUCCCUGACGGUCUUUAUCGCCUUACUGGACUAAUACACGUGUCAGAAGUGUCAUGGGAUCUAAUUCAGGAUGUCAGAAAUAUCUUAAAAGUGGGCGAUGAAGUGAGGGCCAAAGUUGUCGGUAUUGAUUGGGGAAAAUCAAGGAUUAACCUAUCAAUUAGACAGCUAGAAGAAGAUCCACUCUUAGAAACUCUGGACAAAGUAAUACCUCAGGAUGGUUCAGCUGAUCCUGAUUCCAUGAGCGGUGGUGAUAGCGGUAGCAUUGAGCCUCUUCCAGGACUUGAAACAAUCCUUGAAGAGCUGCUACAGGAAGAUGGAAUAUAUGACGUAAGAAUCAGCCGUCAAGGGUUUGAAAAACGAGUGGUCUCGCAAGACUUGCAGCUUUGGCUUUCUAAUGCACCUCCCACGAACCAAAGGUUUACUCUUCUUGCUCGGGCUGGAAGACAGGUGCAGGAGAUACACCUGACUACAUCCCUUGAUCAGGAAGGUAUCAAGAAGGCAUUACAACGAGUACUGGAGCGUGUCCCCUGAAUUUCAUUCACUCACAGCGAUCAAUUUUGUACAGUUACAUCUCACAAAUUUCAAACAUGCGUCCCAUUAUGGAGUGUAUUAAUAGAUCCCAUGUCCUUAUUCCUCAACUGUUCAAGAUUUAACUAGUGAAAAAGCUCUUAAUUGUAAAAACUAAAAACACAUCACUCGAGUUAUUCAUUAAGAAAUCAGAAUUGCCAACA